AUGACCGCCAUUCCCGAUCCCGAAUUUCCCUGCUCCAUUGUCCUCAACGUCCCCUUUCCCACCGCUCGACUGGCCACAACCGCCCUCAAGGCCAUUCAGGUGGACCCUGAACUCUCCCCACUCGUUAGGCGACAGCUCACCGUUGUCCCAGCGCCGACGUCAACGCAUGGCUCUCCGUCUGGUGGUGAUGCAGAUGUCCAGCUUCUCGAGGUUCAGUACAGGGCCACAACCAAUCGAAUGCUCCGAGUCGCUGUCAACGGCUUCAUGGAGAGCUUGAAACUUGUGGUGGAGGUUAUGGAGCAGCUAGAUACUGACGUUCUUGAUCAUCAACAAUAA